UGAUGGGGUCUGAUUCCUGCACUAUAUUGGGCGCUUCUAUUUUUGCCCAGGGUUUAAAAUAGCAGAAUGGGCAACAUUUUGUCUUCUCAGUUCAUUGCAGAAUGGAGUUUGUUUUAAGGACUGUCCCUUAAAAUAUUAUUAUUGUUGUUGUUAUUAUUCUCAGGGGGUGGGGACUGGGAGGUCAGAAAAACAGAGGGGUUACCAUUUUAAUGAGCAUUAUGGCUGAAAACCACCCCUAUUUGGGGCUAUUUUUGUGCAAAGGGAAGGGAGCAGUGUGGGAGUGACCACCAUUGGAAAUGAGCUGAUCAAAUGGCCUUUAAAUAAAUGGUGCCAACUCUGUUUGCUGCCAGCAUGCCUACCCUUGAACCUGAGCAACUGGCCAUCAGGGAAAUGAGAGAGGAGGAAGCACCAAUGGUUUUGGAACUUCUGAAGGAUGGAUUCAAGGACACUGAGAACCGCUUGAUACUGUAUGUACUUACCCGACCACUGGCCUUGCUGCUGAUGGCGGUGGUGAGCAGUGGCCUGCGUUUCUUCCUGAACUCUUUUGUGGUGGCCCUCGUCCUGCCGGUGCUGCUCACUGUAGUGGCUCUGAAACUUCUGCUGUGGCGCUCCCCUGAUCUGAGGCACUUGUAUGCUUAUUACAGCGCAGGCCAGCGUGGACUCUGGGUGGCUGUGUAUGACGAAGAUGAUGUUUGUGGCUGUGUGGCCCUGGAGCCCCAUGGCGAGGAACUGCACACUGCUGAGCUCAAGCGCCUGGCUGUCAACCGUUGGUACCGGCGCUCUGGAGUGGGGCGCCACCUCCUCAGUUUCCUGGAACAGCAGGCUAAAGCUCAGGGCUUCAGUUUUCUAGUGGCCCAGGUCUCAGUUGUUACCAAGGCAGCAAUUGGGCUCUUUGAAAGUUCUGGAUACAGUGUGAGUGGUGAGCGCCAGUGGCUAGGUUACACUGUUCAGCAGGAGUUCAGAAAGGAGCUUUAUUAGCUAUAUUUGCUACUUAACCACCUGCUGCCAAGUUUAGGGAGCCAGGCGGAAUAGCAUGUGGGGUUUUUGAGUCAUUUUGAUCCCUAAAGGGAAAGGUGUAGAGCUCCCCAAACCAGCUGUGGUGAAAGAAGUGAUUGUCAAGCCCCAAACAGGGUAGUCAUUGGCAGAACAAGGUGGCUCUUUCCAACCGCAAAAGGAAGGUUCUGUCAGAUAAUUGGGGUAAAUGAUUGUCUGUUACAGUUUACUGAGCCUGGCAUGGCAUUCAGACUUUGUGUUAUUUGGGGAUUUAAGUCCCAGAUUUUGAACUCAGUUUGAGGAACAUGGAGAACCAGUUUCCUGUUCUCCAAUUCAUGCCUUGUGCGACACAAAAGCUGUCUGUAAUUUGUAUGAAGCACAUAGAGUUUUUACACUAAGAUAACCUCUAAUUCAGGAGUUCUGGGUAAAUUAUGCAAAAGGAGCACAUUGGAAGUUCAGUAUUUAUUUUAUUUAUAUCACGCCAUUGGUGUGUGUUCCACUUUAGAAGAUGAGAGGGCCUUGUCUCAAAAACCUAGCAAUCUAAAAUUAAGUCUCAUUUUACUAACUACCCAGAAGGCAUCUGAUCAGAGUGCUGAAAACAUAUUCCCCUGGUGGUAAUUUUGAAGACACUUCUUAGAUUUCAUUAGGAUAUGCUCAAGUUAUCUUUACCCACAGAAGGAAAGGAAGAAAGCUAAGACUUUCAAUAUGUUUAACUGUCCAGCAAUUGCCACCGCCCUAUUUUUCUAUUAUUCCAAUUGUCCAGCAAGCAUACAUCAAAGGGAUUCUAUAGCCCCUUGGGUGAGUUUUCUAGAUAUAUCAGGCAGUUGUGGCUGGUGGCUUCCAUGUUAGGAGGCCAGUGAAUCUGCUCUGGGUUUUAGCCCUGAUUUUAAACUAAAAUAUAGAACUUUUACCCAAAAAUAGGUUCAGCACUUGGAUAGCUCCAUCAAAAUCCAGACUCACAUCCUCCCUGUGACAAGAGAGUCACAAGCUACCACUGGUGCCGGAGACGGAUGGAUAAAGAACAGCAGUAUAUAAGGGCCCUUGUUUCAGGGAGCACAUUUCUAGGUAUAUUUCUGCAGAAGUUCUGCACUUUUCAUUGAAACCUACUCCCUUGUAAAUGAGUUUAGGAAAGAGUCAGUUUCCUCAGAUUGGGUGGUAUUUAGAUUUGAAUAGGUAAGAUUAGCCACCUUGAACCCUAUUUGGGGAGAAAGAUGGGAUAUAAAUCAAAUAAAUAAAUAAAGUUGAUGUUGCUGGUCUAUUUUAGUGCUACACUGAAAAGCGUGUCAGUGCUUUUUGUGGGAUGUGCAAAUGUCCUGAAGCAGGACUGGUAUAAAAAACAACAACAAAGUUGAACACAUUCCAGGCCAACACAGGUUUUACAGUUGCUUUAUAAAAGGACUGAAGUAGAAACCAGUUUAAAUUUCCCAUGUGAAACUUCUUCCUUUGAGAUGUGGUAUUUCAAAGGUCCAGGCUGUUUCAUGUAUUUAGGGUUUCAGAUGUAUUCCAAAUCUAUCUAUUUGAAGCAAAGAACAGGAGGUGUCUCGUCACAACUUUAUUUCUUAGAUUCCAGUCCCCCACUUCAUAACACCAUAUUGAGACAAUUUAGAUUGUGUUCUUAGAGAUUAUGUUCUGCUGUUUACAAAUGCAUGCAUGUGUAUUUAUUUCGUAUAAACUAAUUCUUAACAAAUA